UAUCAGACUCAGUUAAAGACUGCAGUUCUGAUAACCUCUUCACCACCCAUAGAGUGUAAUAAACAGACGGGGCAACUGUCAAUACACUUUAAGGACCGGCAUUCAGAGAGACAGGAAGCACCUAGCCCAGAGAGCAAUGCUCACAUGACCACUAAGUUGAGUGACCACAUUCUGGAAUGGGGCCUGUGGGCUCCGUGCCCGCCCGCGGUGGUGGUGCUCACCGAGGGCCAAGCCAAAUCAAAGGUUUGCAAACGGGACUCUGAGCCAGGGAAGAUCCUGGAGGUGGCUGACCCAAAGGGCCUGAGCCCACACUCAACGAACCAAUGGCCGUGGAGAAGGGGCGGGCCGUCGGGAGUGCAGCAGGGCCGGAGGGCGCCCCAGGCUCAGCGCCGCCGACUGGUUAGCAGCCUAGCCCGGACCCAUGUUGGAGCCUCCCGCAGUCCAGAGGUGUGCAGCUGCGCUCGCGGGCGCGCUCCUUCUGCUGCUUUUCCUGCUGCUGGUCCGCCAGCUCCUGAGGCAGUGGCGACCGGCGGGCUUCCCCCCGGGGCCGCCGCGGCUGCCAUUCAUUGGCAACCUCUGCUCCCUGGCCAUGUCUGCCGAGCUUCCCCACGUCUACAUGAGGAAGCAGAGCCGGGUGUAUGGCGAGGCUUACUCAAUUCUAGAUAUGGCCGUGGAUGGACUGGUCACAGAAGACUGGCUGUUAACAGUUUUCACUAUUUUGGAUGUGGUCAGAAAUCUUUCGAAUCUAAAAUCUUAGAAGAAACUCAGUUUUUAAUUGAUGCUAUUAAAACAUACAAAGGCAAACCUCUUGACCUUAAGCAACUAAUAACAAAUGCUGUUUCAAACAUCACCAAUCUGAUCCUUUUUGGAGAACGGUUCACUUAUGAAGACACUGAUUUUCAGCACAUGAUCGAGUUAUUUAGUGAGAACGUGGAACUAGCUGCCAGUGCUCCCGUCUUCCUGUAUAAUGCAUUUCCAUGGAUUGGCAUCUUACCUUUUGGAAAGCACCAAAAGCUAUUCAGAAAUGCAGAUGUGGUUUACGAUUUCCUUGCAGGACUUAUUGAAAAAAUUGCAGUCAACAGAAAGCCUCAUUUACCUCAGAAUUUUGUUGAUGCCUAUUUAGAUGAGAUGGAUCGAGGUAAAAAUGAUCCUUUAUCUACGUUCUCCAAAGAGAAUCUAAUUUUUUCAGUGGGUGAACUCAUCAUUGCUGGAACUGAAACCACAACUAAUGUGCUUCGCUGGGCAAUUCUUUUUAUGGCCCUCUAUCCUAAUAUUCAAGGACAAGUUCAUAAAGAGAUUGAUUUAAUUAUGGGCUACAAUAGGAGGCCUUCUUGGGAAGACAAGUGCAAAAUGCCUUAUACUGAAGCAGUUUUACAUGAAGUUUUAAGGUUCUGUAAUAUAGUUCCACUGGGGAUUUUCCAUGCAACCUCUGAAGAUGCAGUUGUACGUGGUUAUUCCAUUCCUAAAGACACAACAGUCAUUACAAAUCUUUAUUCUGUUCACUUUGAUGAAAAGUACUGGAAAAACCCAGACAUAUUCUAUCCCGAGCGAUUUCUGGACAGCAGUGGAUAUUUUACUAGAAAGGAAGCUUUCGUUCCUUUUUCUCUAGGAAGAAGACAUUGUCUUGGAGAACAGCUGGCUCGGAUGGAAAUGUUCUUGUUUUUUACAGCGUUACUUCAGCAAUUUCAUUUGCAUUUUCCACAUGAGCUAGUUCCAAACCUGAAACCCAGGUUGGGCAUGACAUUACAACCCCAGUCCUACCUCAUCUGUGCAGAAAAACGCUGAAAGUGCACAACUGUAUAUUGUGUGAUGUUUUACUCUUUUGGCUUUUUGAGGGGCCCACCACCCAGCUCCAA